UUUUGCAGAAGGGGCUGAAGGACAACUUUGCUGAUGUCCAGGUUUCCGUGGUUGAGUGCCCAGAUUUAACAAAGGAGCCAUUUACCUUUCCUGUCAAAGACCUCUUCAAGAAAUUUGUCAAGUUUGAAGUGAGAAGGGAAAGAAAUGACCAUUGGUUGAGUAAAACAGUCUCAGUGUGACAGACUGGAGCAGACGUGUCAUGGCAGCAGUAUUCCAAGGUAAGUGGAACAUGAGAGAGGCUCAGUAAACUCAGGAUUAUCCUGAUCAAGACCAAAGACAGGUGUGUUUCAAAGUCUAACUCCCUUCGAUAUGCCCUCUGGUAAUGAGGGAUUAAAAAUUAGUGCAUUUUCUGUUUCUUUUAUUAUGUUAAUUGACAUAUUUGGUUAAAAAGUAAUCUGCUUGGAAUUCUUAGCCGCUAGUCCUGCCUCUCCCUCGUGUCUGUGAAUCCCAUUAUCUGGACUAAGUCCCAUAAUUUACCACAGCCUUAGAGACAUUAAAUAGGAAAGUUCAGUUUCAUGUUGUGGGAGUCGUCCAGGUCAAACAGUCUUUGAUUGUAAAUAGACCAGAUGGCAGUCUCUCUCAACACCUGAAACCAUUAGAAACCGUCUCAAAACGUUUACUUUAUGUGUAGUAGUGCUUUGUCUGCAGGUACGAGUGUGCACCUUGUGCAUGCCUGGUGCCUGUGGAGGCCAGAAGAGGACGUCAGAUCCUCUGAGACUGCAGUUACAGACAGGAGAUGGUGGUGGGUGCUGGGAACUGAACCCCGGUCUAGAAGAGUAUCCAUGCUCCUGACUGCUGAACCAUCUCUCUAGCCCCAGUGAAACCUUGUGAACAAACAAACUAAAAUCGCCCCUUUUUUCCUCUCCCUGUACUCACCUGUGGUUUCUGAUUUCAUUCUGAAGAGUAAUUUGUUUCUCAGGCUGCCUUUCUCUGUCUAGCAGACUCUUUAGGACGCUCUUCCCAGGAUCUUUCCCCCGCCUCCACCUCUUUUGUAUAAUCUUCGGGAGUUUUUCAUAUAAUCUUGUCAUUUUAACCAGGAUCUAGCACCUUUGAAAUCUGUCUCAACUAGCUCUCUAGGAGUUUUCAGUUGUGUGUAGCACGGCUCUGCCUAUGGCUCGCUCCCUUCUGACCUGUUCCCGGGACAGCCGAGAGCCCCUGGGAGUCCCUCCUCCAGCCAUCACCAUCUCCAUCACGCAGUGCACAAUCGGUGGAUACUUUCCGCUCCUCCUCAAACACAGAAGGCACCUGUAAGACUUUUCAUCUCUCCUCUGUAUAACAGUAGGGAGGUUACAUGUGCUUCAGUGAAUGACAUCCUUGCAAGACUUCUCAAGUAAAAGAUAAUUUCUACUCUGCUUUAAAACAGUGCCUUCUCCCCAAUUGUGUCUCACUUCAUUGUUAUAAUAAUUACUAAAAAUGUAGAUAGAGGGGCUGGCAAGGUGGUUCAACAGUGAAAGCCGUUGCUGUCAAACCUGAUGAACCGAGUCUGAUCCCCAGAAUCCACGUGGUGGAGGGGGAGACUCCCACAAGUUGUUCUCUGACCUCCACCACCACACACACACAAAAUAAAUAAAUAACGUAAGUAGAGGGGCUGGAGGGAGAGCUCAGUGGGUAACGACGCUGGCUGCUCCAGCCUGAGUUCAGAUCCCAACACCCACAUAAAAACCUGAAGUAGCCAUGUGUACCAUAACCCCAGCACUCUGGGGCAGAUGCAGAAGGUUGCUGGAGAUUGCUCCAAGUUCAGUGAAAGACCCUCAAGGAAUAUGGUAGAGAGUGAUAGAGCAGGUCACCCAACAUCCUUCUCUGGCUUCUACUUUUGACAUACAUGUGCAGUAUGUGCACAUAAACAUAUACUAUACACACAUACAACACGCUCAGAUAUAUACACAUGCAAUCAAUUAAUAAAUCAAAUAUAUUUUAAAGUGUAAGUAGAGACCCUGGGGAGGAGACAGCUUAGUGGUAGGGUAUGUUUUUAGCCCUGGGUUCAGUCCUUCACACAAAACAACAAAAUACCUACACAACUACAGACAUACACACAUAGAAACUUCCUAGCAUCCAAAGGUUUUCUAUCAUACUUGUUAUUUGUAUAAACAAUGUAUAAAAAGAUUUCUCAGCAUGGAUCUAAAGAAGAAAAUUCUAACCGAGCAAAAUGUCUUAAAAAUUUAAAAAUACAACUUAGGCCAAAAGAAAGAAUACAUUUUUUUAAAAUGAAAAUGCCCUUGGCAGGGGAAGAUUUCUAAGGGAUUACUAGGCAGAUGAAUUCUAGAAUCUCUGCCCACAAGUUAGCCCCUGUCCUCUCAAUAACCACCAGUUGCCAAGCCAUGCUCAGUGACGAUGGCGGCAGCGGCAGUUGAAGCGGGACCAAGAAGGGACCACUUGCACCUUCCCAUCCCUGUUAGUUCCAACCCUGGGAUCCUCUUACAUCUGUUCCUGAUAAGUCAGUGGCUUCUGGAAUCUUAUACUUGAAUGCUGUGUUUGCCUGCUUUUAAGAUGGCUUGUGUUUUUUAGGCAUCUGUGGGCAAACUAGAAUUGCAGAAGUAGGAGGUGUGCCUUACUUAAUGCCUCUUGUAAACAAAAAAAAAGUUUAUGACCUAAAUGAGAUUGCAAAAGAAAUAAAGCUGCCUGGAGCUUUUAUCCUUGGAGCAGGCGCAGGUCCAUUUCAGACGCUUGGGUUCAAUUCUGAGUUCAUGCCAGUUGUUCAGACAGCAAGUGAACACAACCGUCCUGUGAAUGGAAGUUACUUUGCCCGAAUUAACCCUACAGAUGGGAAGUGCCUACUGGAGAAAUACAGCCAAAAAUACCACGACUUUGGAUGCGCACUGCUGGCUAAUCUUUUUGCCAGUGAGGGCCAACCUGGCAAGGUCAUCAAGGUGCAAGCCCAGAGAAGAACGGGACAGCUCAACUUUGUGACUUGCAUGAGGCAGACUCUAGAAAAGCACUAUGGAAACAAGCCUGUGGGGAUGGGAGGCACCUUCGUUGUGCAGAAGGGGAAAGUCAAGGCCCACAUCAUGCCAGCAGAGUUUUCUUCCUGCCCGUUGACCUCAGAUGAAGCUGUUAAUAAGUGGUUACAUUUCUAUGAGAUGAAGGCUCCUUUGGUUUGUCUGCCAGUCUUUGUCUCCAAAGACCCGGGGCUCGAUUUGCGACUGGAGCACACUCAUUUCUUCAGUCAUCACGGAGAAGGCGGACAUUACCACUAUGAUACUACCCCAGACACAGUGGAGUAUCUUGGCUACUUCUCGCCUGCACAGUUCCUCUAUCGCAUUGAUCAGCCCAAAGAGACCCAUGCGUUUGGGAGAGAUUAAAGCAGCUGACGCUUGCUUAGAAGAAGAAAUGAUUAGCUAAGGUUAAAUCACUAACUCAGGAGCUGAUACUAAUUCAAAAAUCCACUAGAGGGCCCUGAAGAGAGUGCUUCCAUAGCAAGCAAACCCCCAGCUUAACCCCCAGCACAGAAGAAAAACAAUAAAUCACUAUGUAAAUGCUAUUUUUAUGGCAUUUGAAAUGCAAGAAUAUAGAUACAUGAUACUCAUAUUAUUUUGCAUCUUUCAUGUGAAGGAGAUUAUUGGGAACAAAGAUACAUAAGCAUACCUCUUGCCUUCUCCUUAAACCUGAACCUUAUGCCAAGGACCCCAACAUGGAUUUAGCAGGAUGGUGGGGGGUUGGGAAUCCAGAGACCUAUUUGUUCCUCUUCCCAAUGUGACUACAUUCAAGAAAUCUUAUGCUUUUCAAAAAAAUGACAAGUUACUGUGUGGUGGUGGUUAGUGUGUGGUGAUGGUGAUUGGAAAAAUUCUUGCUGCUCUAUAUCAUUAGCCAGAAAUCAAUUCUCCAACCUUGAUAAUGUCGACAAGGUGUGGGUCUAAGAACUCCUUAGAACUAAGCUACAAAUAAGUGUUCUGAUUCUCUAUUUUGUAAUGCACACGACUUGUGAGUAUGAACCCCCAAAUUAUUCUUAAAUAAACAUGAUUUUGUGGCAAAACUGAAUAAAAUUAUGUUUAAUAUUG